UUUAAGUUUUGAGUGUUGACAUUUGACGUUUCAUAAAAAACCUAUAAAUUGCACAUUAGAAUGAAAAAUAUUUAUUAUUUUCAUUUCAUUUCAUGAAAUCACAUCAUUGGAUUGUAAUUUGUGCCAAAGUAUCCGUUUUCAGUGUUCACCAGCUUCAAGUUCAAACCUACUAAUAUUUGUGUUUUCUUAGUCAUCUUUUAAGUCAUAUUCAACGAAAUAUUAUUAGAAACUGAAUUUAACAAAUUUUUUAUUCAGAGAUGUGUUGGCAAAAGUGUAGUAUAAUUUAUCACAGAUACGGUGCAGUUUAAUGUAGGUAUGAGCCACGUGUGACCGCUGACGCACUUCGUGUCGCAGCGAGCUGACCGGGGCGGGCGCUGCGCACAUGUGGCGCUGGGCGCGCGCGCGGCUGGCGCUGGCGCUGGGCGCGGCGGCGCUGCUGCUGUGGGCGUGGCGCGGCGCGGGCGGCGGCGGCGGCGCGCCGGGCCGCGUGGCGGGCCGCGAGCUGCCGCUCAUCUUCAUCGGCGGCGUGCCGCGCUCGGGCACCACGCUCAUGCGCGCCAUGCUGGACGCUCACCCCGACGUGCGCUGCGGGCAGGAGACGCGCGUGGUGCCGCGCAUCCUGCAGAUGCGCCAGCACUGGAUGCGCUCGCAGAAGGAGAGCGUGCGCCUGGAGCAGGCGGGCGUGGGCAAGGCCGUGCUGGACAACGCCAUCGCCGCCUUCUGCCUGGAGGUGAUCGUGCGCCACGGCGAGCCGGCGCCGCGCCUGUGCAACAAGGACCCGCUGGUGCUGAAGAUGGGCACGUACGUGCUGGAGCUGUUCCCCAACGCCAAGUUCGUGUUCAUGGUGCGCGACGGGCGCGCCACGGUGCACUCCAUCAUCACGCGCAAGGUGACCAUCACGGGCUUCGACCUGUCGUCGUACCGGCAGUGCCUGGGCAAGUGGAACCACGCCGUGGAGCUGAUGCACGCGCAGUGCCGCGCGCUGGGCGCCGCGCGCUGCCUGCUGGUGCGCUACGAGGCGCUGGUGCUGGCGCCGGCCGCCACGCUGCGGCGCGUGCUGCGCUUCCUGCAGCUGCCGUGGAGCGACGCCGUGCUGCACCACGAGCAAUACAUCAACCAGCCGCACGGCGUGGCGCUGUCCAACGUGGAGCGCUCGUCCGACCAGGUGGUGCGGCCCGUCAACCUGGACGCGCUGGACAAGUGGGUGGGGCAGCUGCCGGCCGACGUGCGCGCCGACAUGGCGGAGCUGGCGCCCAUGCUGUCGGUGCUGGGCUACGACCCGUGGGCCAACCCGCCGCGCUACCAGGCGCUGCCGGACGCCGGCGCCUCCGAGCCGCCGCGGGAAGAAUCUCCUCCGCCCUAGUAUAAAUAUAUUUUAUCUCUUCUA